AUGACUCUGAAUUGCUUGGGACCUAAAUCCCAAGAGCUGGCCACGCCAACCGAGGUCAACGUCCCGGUGCAUGUCAACAACGAAGACGUUGUAAUAACCGACCGAGGCGGAAUCAUCGAAAACAAGCAUCGCAUCCACGCCGCCGUCGUCGACCCAGAAGGAAAGCUUCAUUAUGCGGUCGGUGAUCCAGACAGGGUGACGCUCGCGCGCUCGGCAGCCAAGCCCGUUCAAGCCUUGGCCAUCCUCGAGACUGGUGCUGCCGAUCGAUUCCAUUUCGACGAUGCAGACAUUGCGCUUAUGUGCGCAUCGCACAAGCAGCGAGCCCCCACAUAUUUCCAGAGCGCAGGAAAUGCUGAAGAAAGCCGGCUCCAAGGAGGAGGACCUGGCGUGUGGCGGACAUCCAGCCCUCUCUGCGGCAAUAAAUCUCGCCUGGGCCAAGAAAUGCUACGUACCAACGGGCAUAUGCAACAAUUGCUCAGGAAAACACGCUGGGAUGAUGGCAGGAGCGAUUUGAUCGGAUGGCACAGUCUCAGGUUACCAUGA